AAGAAACAUACCCUGAGUAGGCAGGGCAAACUGAAGACAGGCUGUGCGUGAAGAUAAUAGAGAUGCACCCUCUGCUCUAUGUAACCCUGAGCUGUCAGCAGAGCAGUCACUCGGUUCAGAGGAGAAGACACGGCUGCUAAGUUUCAAGAUUGACACAAGAGGCAAUGGAGGAGACAGAGCAGCCAGCAGGAGGACUUCACUUUAUUGGGAAAAAGGAUGAACUGAUUGAAGCAAAGCGCUCUUUCAGAACAGUCGACGGUCGAGAUAUUCUGAUUAUCCACCAUCAGGGAGUCUUUUAUGCUAUGGACUGUUACUGUUAUCAUGCUGGAGGAACACUGGAGAAUGGAGACAUUGAGGAAAUUAAUGGCAAGCUGUGCAUAAUUUGUCCAAAGCACAAGUACAAGAUCUCGCUGUGUGAAGGUGAAGGGUUGUACAGGGGCAGAAAUCCCCAGGAGGAACCGCCUGUGUACAGAUGGUACUCCAAGGGGGUGAAGCAGCGGACCCACACUGUUACAGAGACCAAUGGGGAGAUCUUUGUCAAGAUGUCCUCACAACCAGGCUGGAUUGACUCAGACUACUACCAAGGAGAAAAAGGCAAGAUUGAAAGAGCCAAAGCUGAGGCCGAAAAGGAUGAGACGUUAAUGAUGGACGAGGAAAAUCUAUGAAGGCUGCAUCCCAUCCUCAUGCACAAAAAUGGAGGCUUUUUGACAUGAACUAACAUCUUAACUUAGUUUUAAGCAUUUAGACUUUUAAAUUCUAUAACAUUCACACAACUUUGGCAGUUUGUGUGGAUUUGUGUGUCUCAAACCAUCAUCUCCUUCAGUAAACAAACUUCUUCCAUGAGUGAAUUUUGAUUUUAUUCUCUGCUCUGUGACAAUGAACAAUGCUAUGAAGCAGCUAGAUGUGUGCCCACGCUCUUCCUCUGCAGCUCCUUUUUCAUGCAUUAUGCAUGCAGUUACUGAAUCGAUGUGAUAAAAAAGCUUUACUCUGAUCAAUAAAGUCUUGGAAGUGGAGAAUUGUUUAUGCCAAAUAUUAAAUAAAUAAACCAUCAAAAGA